GAUGACUCUGACAUCGAUGCUGGCCGAGAUGAAAAGAGAAUCUCUGGGAAUACUCCUGGUCUGCAGCUCGAUGCUGGAUGCCGAAUAAGAUAUGCCCUCCAAAUUUUCUUUGAGAACACGAAUAUGCCGCAAAAACGAGACCUAAACACCUAUUCACAUUUUACCUUAGUUCGUGACCAAAAAUGUAUUAUCUCCCCGGCCGAUCACAUUACCGAACCCGCCUAUACUAAAAAUGUGAUUGGACUUAACCAAGUCAGAACUGCGCGUUGUGUAUUGGAGCACUAA